GAUUAGUUAUUACGAUUGUAUUCGAUUUAUUGGAUAAGAUAAUGUCAUGUUGAAUGAAUAAAGCAAGCAAUUUGAGUUGAAAAAUCAUCAUUUUUGGCUAUGUAAAUUGGAUGUAAGUCAUCCCCAUCAUCGGUUUGUUUGUUUUAUUCAAGUUUGAGUUUUGAUUCAGGAUUCGAAUUGAAAAUGAUUGAAAAACAAUUUCGUAUCCAACGAUUACUGGAAUCGUUAGAGUCAAAAAUAUUGCUCAUCGAUGGAGCCAUGGGAACUAUGAUACAACGGCAUAGACUCGAAGAAAAAGAUUACCAAGGUUGUCUGUUUGAUGAGCAUUCGUGUCCAAUGAAAGGAAACAAUGAUAUAUUAUCACUCACUCAGCCGGACAUAAUCUAUUCGAUUCACCGGGAAUAUUUGGACAGUGGUGCCGAUAUUAUCGAAACAAAUACGUUUAGCAGUACUUGCAUAGCUCAAGCUGAUUAUCGUUGUACGGAUUUGAUUACUGAAAUGAAUUAUAAAUCGGCGAAAAUUGCCCGUAAAGCUGUGGAAGAUUUUAUGGAUGAAUAUCCAGAAAAGGGUUACAAAUUUGUUGCCGGUUCAUUGGGACCGACAAAUAAAACAUUGUCAAUAUCACCUCGUGUGGAAGACCCGUCAUAUCGAGAUGUUGUCUGGGAUGAAUUGGUCGAUGCUUAUCGUGAACAAACUCGAGCCUUAUUGGACGGUGGUGUCGACAUCAUACUAGUCGAGACGAUUAUCGAUACGGCUAAUUCGAAAGCGGCGUUGUUUGCCGUACGAUCUGUGAUGGAAGAACGACAUGAAAAAGAUAUUCCGAUAUUUGUUUCCGCAACCAUAGUGGAUAAAAGUGGUCGAACAUUGUCCGGCCAAACAAGUGAAGCAUUCAUUAUCAGUACAUCACAUGCCCAACCGAUGGCAUUCGGAUUGAAUUGUGCACUUGGUGCCGACGAAAUGGAACCAUUCAUUAAACGGAUUAGUAAUUUUGCUAGCAAUACAUUCGUCAUAUGUUAUCCGAAUGCAGGUUUGCCAAAUGUUUUUGGAGAAUACGACGAAACACCGGAAACUAUGGCUGCACACAUUGCUCGAUUCGCAGAGCAACGGUUGAUCAAUAUUGUGGGAGGUUGUUGUGGUACUACUCCCGAUCAUAUUCGAGCUAUUGGCAAGGUGGUUAAAGAUAUUGAACCGCGAAAGAUUAAAGGUUCAUACAAGCAAUUUUUGACCGGUGCUACUUAUCUGGCCGGAUUAGAACCAUACAUUUUUAAUGAAACAACUUUGUUUGUCAACAUUGGUGAGCGAUGUAAUGUGGCCGGUUCGAAACGAUUUGCCCGGUUGAUUCGUCAGAAAAAAUAUUCGGAAGCGUUACAGGUUGCGAAAGAACAGGUGGAGAACGGGGCACAAGUGUUGGAUGUUAACAUGGACGAAGGAAUGAUAGAUGGUCCAAAAGAGAUGGCCAACUUUAUGAAUCUGAUCAGUACCGAACCGGAGAUUUGCCGUGUGCCAGUCUGUAUUGAUUCAUCCAAAUUCCAGGUAAUUGAAGCUGGCCUAAAAUGUUCGCAAGGAAAAGGCAUUGUCAAUUCGAUUAGUCUGAAGGAAGGUGAAGCUGAUUUUAUUGCCAAAGCUAAAGUGAUCAAAAGUUUUGGAUUUGCUGUGGUUGUUAUGGCUUUCGACGAAAACGGACAGGCUACCGAAGAAGAUGAUAAAGUGAAAAUUUGUGUCCGUAGUUAUCGAUUAUUGGUGGAUGAAUCGAUAGUUGGAUUCAAUCCAUGCGAUAUCAUAUUCGAUCCAAACAUUUUGACUAUCGGUACCGGAAUGGAGGAACAUAAUUUGUAUGCGAUCAACUAUAUCAACGCUUGUCGACGAAUUAAACAGGAAUGCCCCGGUUGUCAUAUAAGUGGUGGUGUAUCUAAUCUUUCGUUUUCUUUUCGUGGAAUGGAACGAAUUCGUGAGGCAAUGCAUUCGGUGUUUUUGUUUCAUGCAAUAAAAGCCGGCAUGGAUAUGGGAAUCGUCAACGCUGGCGCUCUGCCUCCGUAUACAGAUAUCGAUAAUGAACUGUUAGAAUUAUGCGAGAAUAUUAUCUGGAACCGAUCAUCUGAUGGGACUGAAAAGCUUUUGGAAUAUGCUCAGACACAUGCUGAUCAAGGCAAAGCAAAAGUGGAUGUUCAGGAUUGGCGUCUCGAAUCGGUGGAGAAACGAUUGGAACACUCGAUUGUGAAAGGUAUCGAUAAAUACAUCGAACAAGAUGUAGAAGAAUGUCGACAGAAUGUGGAGAAAUUUGUCCGUCCAUUGCAUAUUAUCGAAGGACCGUUGAUGAAAGGAAUCAGUGUUGUGGGCGAUUUGUUCGGUGAUGGAAAAAUGUUUCUGCCUCAGGUUAUUAAAUCGGCUCGAGUGAUGAAAAAGGCAGUCGCAUACCUGAUACCGUUCAUGGAACAAGAGAAACUGGACAAUCCUGAUUCGCAAGCCGAUGAUCAUGUAUCGACGGUCGUGAUUGCCACUGUCAAAGGUGAUGUACAUGACAUUGGCAAAAACAUUGUCGGUGUUGUACUCGCAUGUAACAAUUUCAAAGUAAUUGAUUUGGGUGUCAUGACACCAUGUGAAAAAAUUAUCGAAGCUAUCGAGCAACACAAAGCCGACGUUCUAGGUCUUAGUGGUUUGAUCACACCGUCAUUGGACGAAAUGAUUUAUGUGGCAAAAGAAUUGCAACGUCUCGACUAUCGAAUUCCGUUGAUUAUCGGUGGUGCAACUACAUCAAAAAAACACACAGCAGUGAAAAUAGCACCUCGAUAUGUUGGUCCAGUCAUACAUUGUUUGGAUGCAUCUCGUAGCGUUAUUGCCUGUGCGAAACUGUUGGACGAAAACAGUAAAGAUGACUAUCUAGAGGAAAUUGGAGAGGAAUAUGAAGAAAUUCGAAUCGAUCAUUAUGAUUCAUUGGCCGAUCGAGUCUAUUUAAAAUAUGAACAAGUUAAACGCAAUAAAUUGAUGCUCAAAUUUGAUGCGGAUGUGAUUAAAGAACCAACAUUUCUGGGAACCAAAGUGUUUAUCGAUUAUGAUCUUGGCACGUUACGUCAAUAUAUUGAUUGGAAACCGUUUUUCGAUGUAUGGCAAUUGAGAGGCAAAUAUCCGAAUCGAAAUUAUCCGAAAGUUUUCAACGAUGAAACAGUGGGAGCUGAAGCUCGUAAAGUUUUUGAUGAUGCUCAACGUAUGAUUGAACGAUUUAUCCUAACCGGUGAACUAAAAGCAAAUGGUAUUGUCGGAUUUUAUCGCGCCAAUUCGAUUAAUGAUGAUGACAUUGUUCUUUUCGAUGAAAAUAACAAAGAAAUUGGUCGUCUUUUUGGUUUACGGCAGCAAGCAGCAAAAGAUAGUCAGGACAAUUCGCCAUAUAUUUCGUUAGCUGAUUUUGUGGCUCCACGAGAAUCGGGUUUUACCGAUUAUGUAGGGUUGUUUGUUGUGAGUGCUGGUUUCGGUUGUCAAGAACUUUGUGAAAAAUACUUGACCAAUAAUGAUGUUUACAAUGAUAUUAUGGUAAAAGCGGUUGCCGAUCGAUUGGCCGAAGCAUUUGCCGAACAUCUCCAUGAACGUGUACGGCGUGAGCUCUGGGCAUAUGAUCCGAAUGAACAAUUUGAAACGAGCGAUCUUUUGAAAGUGAAUUAUCGAGGAAUUCGACCGGCUCCUGGUUAUCCAUCACAGCCUGAUCAUACCGAAAAGAUAACCUUUUGGAAAGUGAUGGAUGUUGAACGGCAGACUAAUAUUCAAUUGACUGAAUCGUUAGCUAUAUGGCCAUCGGCAUCUACCUGUGGAAUAUAUUUCGCUCAUCCUGAGUCUAAAUAUUUUGCUGUUGGCAAAAUUGACAAAGAUCAGGUUGCCGAUUAUGCCCAACGUAAACAACAACCGAUGCAAGAAAUGGAAAAGUGGUUAGGCACUUCGUUAGCAUAUUCAUAACUAAGAAAAAAUGAAACUAUUAUUUUAAAAGAAUAAAGUAAAAAAAGUUUUUUUCUCUCUUAA